AUGGCUUCCGUCGCCCGUUCCUCUGCCCUCCUCAAGCAGGUUGCGGCCAAGCAGUCCGUUGCCGCCAACGGUCUCCGUGUUGCCGCCUUCCACACCACCUCCCGCAAGAGCUUGCUCCCCCCUCCUCCUCAGCGCAUUGAGGGUACAGUGAACGACCCCGUCGAGGUCCCCCCUCCCUCUCCUUCUCAUGGCUCCUACCACUGGACUUUCGAUCGUGUUGUCGCCGCCGGUCUCAUUCCCUUGACCGUCGCUCCCUUCGCCGCCGGCUCUCUUAACCCCACCAUGGACGCCGUCCUCGCCGCCACCAUCCUUAUCCACUCCCACACUGGCUUCGGCAACAUCAUUGUCGACUACGUUCCCUCGAAGCGCGUCCCCAAGGCCCGCAAGGUCUUUACCUGGGGUCUUAACGCCGCUACCGUCCUCGUUGGCCUUGCCCUUUACGAGUUCGAGACCACCGAUGUCGGUCUUACUGAGACCAUCAAGCGCGUCUGGAAGGCUUGA